GAACCCCUUUUUAUAAUUUAUGGAAAAACUCUUGGGCCAACCAUCUUUCUCUUAGCCUCUUCAAGGAACCACAGAUAUGAUAAUGCAGAAUGCCUGUCGAGUGUUAAUGCAAAAAUAUGGAAGGGCCUGCAGCUGGAAACGGUCUGGAAACCUGUCGAAUGUCUGACAAACUUGUUGCCGCAUCUCGACUCCAAUUAGGCGAGAGACUGGAGGUCUGAUUACGUUGACCUUGCCACACUGUAGAGAGCACAGAACGGCAACAGGUCCCGGCGGGUCCCCCUGCAGAUGCAGGGCAGUGUGGCAUUGGGUCAAUGAGCAUCCAGUGUGGUAUAUAAGCUGGAGACCGCAGCGAAAUGAAUUUGUGUAAAGUCAGCGACCGACAGGAACAAACCUUAAUCAUCUUCCAUUAAGAUCGUCCAGACAUGUUGAACAGAAUUGCAUUUUUUGUGGCCUUUGUUGCCGUGGUCCAGGCGGGUCUGCUGCCCGUGAAAUCAGUCGGAAGCGAGGACACCUUCGAUGCCCAUCCACAGUACACCUUCAACUAUGAUGUCCAGGAUGGCGAAACCGGUGAUGUCAAGUCCCAAUCGGAGUCCCGAGAUGGCGAUGUGGUCCGCGGACAGUACUCUGUCAACGAUGCCGAUGGCUAUCGUCGAAUUGUGGAGUACAGCGUCGAUGCCGAGAGUGGCUUCAAUGCUGUGGUUCGUCGAGAGCCACUCUCCAGUGCCACUGCAUUUGUGGCAAGGCCUGCGGCUCCCGUAAAGUUGCAGCCUCUGAAAAAGCUGCCUGUCCUGAAGCCGCACUCUCAGGCGUCUGCUGUGGUCCAUCGAUCCUUUGGCCCGGCCUCAACGGUGAUCCACCAUGCUCCCGUCACCCAUCAUGUUGUGCACCAUGCAGCCCCAUCGCAGGCCAUCAUCUCGCAUCAUGUGCCGCAUCCACAGCAUAUUUCUUAUGUGUUCUAGAUAUAAAAUUGGUUUGCUGAAGAUUUUAUUUGAAUUAAACUGUUAAAAGUCAUU